AUGGUCGCCGUGCACCCCGAGCCGCCGACGGAGGACGCGCCCGUCGAUGACGUCGACGUCGAACGCGGCGACGUCGUCGUCUCCGAUGUCGUCUCUGGCGACUUCGACGAAGACGUCGCGGACGAGGAGACGAUAUCUCCGCUUCCCAACCUGUCCACUCCCGACGCGUCCCGGCCGGGGUCCAAGCGCACCUCGCUCGACCUCACCGUCGCGCGCGUGAGCAUCGGCCACGACGCUCGCGUCGCGGACGAGCACGAACAGAAGCUCAUCGAUUCCAUGGGGCGGCCGGUGCGGUUCCAGAGCGUGUUCCGCUCCAUGAGCGGUAUGACGACGCACUACGGCGAAUCCCCGACCGGGAUGCACCCCAAACUCUCCAUCGUCGACGAGGACGCGUACGGGGCGACGGCGUGGACGUCGCGGGAGAUGCGAAACGUCGCGUUCUACACCUUCAUCCACGUGAUGGCGUUCGCGGCGCUAUCGUACGGCGACCCCAACUCGUGGUGGCAUCUCCAUCGGCCCUUGGGCGACGUCAUCGGCGCAGUCAACGACGGCGUGGUCACGAACCCGACGUUCGCGGGGCAUUUUUGGCGGAAGAUCGGCGUGCAGACGGCCGUGUUCUGGACGAUCCUGCCGUCGAUGGGGCUGCUCGUGGUGACGCGCGGUUGGAACGUGGGCUACACGCGCAAGAUCUGUCACGUCGUCACCUAUUUGACACCUCUCGCGUUCAACCUCGCGUGGCCGACGACGGAAGGGGAGGAGUACCCGCCGAGCGUGUGGGUGGUGAGCUGGUCCGUGUGGUUUCAGUUUUGCAACUUUUACCUGCAAAUCAAACCCGCGAGGAGGCGCUCCACCGUGUGCAUGCUCGCGUUCAGAGCGUAUGACAGGGCGCAGGACAGGCCCAACACCUUGACCUGGAUCAUCACCCAGAUGGUCGCCGGCUACCUCAUCAUCCUGGGCCUGUACGCCUACUGCCACGAGUGGCGCAAAGACCAACUCCCCGCUCACGCCGAGUACUCCGUCCUGAUUCCCAUGGUCGUCAACGUAUUCGGCGACGCUCUCGCGGAACCCGUGGGCAUUUACUUCGGCCGGCACCCGUACAGGGUCCGCGCGAUGUGGCACAAAGGCCGAUGCUGCGCCGGCGAAUUCAAGAGGACGCUCGAAGGAAGCCUCGUCGUGUACGCGUUCACCUUGGCCGCUGUCGCUCCGUGUCUCAAAUACCGGCUGUUCACACAAAGUCAGUACGCGGUGAACAUGGUGGUGUUACCACCGCUGAUGACGCUCACCGAGGCGAUCGCGCCGCACACGUGGGACAACCCGCUCAUCACGCUCGUGGGCGCGGCGUUUAUCCUGUGCACGUACGAGUUC